AUGUUCAUCGUGACGGCACUUGCAUCCACGUCCCAGCUUGCCAGCAUGCAGAACAGCAACAGCGACAGCAGCAGCUCUCCCGACCCAGCACGGCUAUCGCUGUUAACACCUAUAGGUUAUCAAAGCAGCGACUGCGGAUACUGCAAAUCAGAAGAGUCAAGUCAGCGAACUCCCGAUUCCCGUGCUUCGUACUAUGCACGAGCGAAAGUCCUCGGUCCUGAACACUACCAAAAGCUCAUGGACCGUGGUUGGAGGCGAUCCGGCACCCUGAUCUACCUCCCGGAUGCGUCCAGAAGCUGCUGUCCGCACUACACAAUCAAAUUACCUGCCUCUGAGUUCAGGCCUUCUCGUGAUCAGCGUCAGGCGCUCCAUCGAUGGAACAAGUUCGUUCUUGGCGAGAAGUACAUCAAGGAGGUCGAGAAGCAAUUUCCCAAGACGAAAGAGGAGAAGAAACGCCUCAAAGACACCUUCGACCUCGAGCAGGUAGUCCACGAAAGCGGGCGUCCCAAUUUGAGGCCUAGCAUUGAACCGGACCACCGCUUCGAGGUGACGCUUGAGCCAGACAAAUUCACCGAGGAGAAGUUCGGGCUGUUCGAGAAUUACCAACGACACGUACACCACGAAGAGGACGGUGAUAUCACCGCAUCCGGAUUCAAGCGCUUCUUGUGCUCCUCCCCAGUAUCAAGACAGACAGACAGCGAUGGUAAGAAGCUGGGCAGCUUUCAUCAAUGCUAUCGCCUCGAUGGACGCCUCAUUGCUAUGGCCGUUCUGGACCUACUUCCUCAUGCUGUCAGUGGCGUGUAUUUCAUUUACCAUAGUGACUUCGAGAAGUGGUCGUUUGGGAAGUUGUCGGCUCUUCGGGAGGCAUGCUUGGCCCUCGAGCAAGGUUACCAGUACUACUACAUGGGCUACUACAUCCACGGUUGCAAGAAGAUGCGCUACAAAGGCGACUACAAGCCACAAUAUGUUUUGGACUACGACAGUCUCCAGUGGGAUCCCCUGAAUGACGACAUGAAGUUCCUCAUGGAACACAGCAAAUACGCCAGCAUGUCGAGGCACCGUCUGAAGGAGGCCGGCAGCCUGCCUGACGAGGAGGACAAGCCUAUGCAUCCCACACCAACUGAGGCAAUGCAGUCUGGUCUAUCACUACUUCAGCUCGGCAUGCCCGGAGUCUUGACAUUAGAUCAGCUACACCAAGAGGUGGAACUUGAUCACAUGAAAGUCCAUCUUGGCCGCGGGAGUGUUCACGAGAUUCAGAACAUCUCAACCUGGGACUCAGGCUCAGAUCUCGACCAAUCGUCCCUACGCGGCAUCUUCGCUGAGCUCGCCGCCGUGCUUGGACCCGACGUUGCAAAGGAAGCCAUCAUUGACUUUGGCUGA